CCCGGUCCCGCCAGGUCGCAUUCGCAAAGGUAAAGGUUGGGUCGACCGGCGCAGCGGAGACACGACAAGGGAGCUCCAGCGCAGUCGCCAAGGAUUGAUGUCAGACUUGCGCGAAUCAAAUGAACCAAGCAAAAGCUGGCCCAUCCUGCCACUUCGCACCGCCGCCACGACAGCAAGCAGGUUUGAGAGGACCACAUCAUCUCAUAAAGAAUGACUUUGAAACAUGCUGAAUAUAUUUUGAGACAACCGUACUGAUAGUCUUGCUAUCUGUCGGGCCUCUUUUCUCGUCUUUUUUCGGAGGUUUUUUCCAUUACAUAGAACCAGUGUUGCGGCUGGUAGAGAAGAGCGUUGUACCAAACUAGCCUCUGUCUCAAUUCUACAAGCCGUUGCCAAUAAUGCCAGUUAAAGCGGCGGACUCGAUCCGCUAUCGCGCGGACGAAAAGGCUCAGGGAAAGCUGUUGACGGCUAAGGAAAGACUGAAGUUGAUCGAGCCCUACCUCCCCGAACGACCCGCGGACCGCGAGCAGCGGGUGCGGCGCAAGUCGGUGCUGGGGGUCAGGCGCUUCCUCGCCAACCAGCUGUACCUCUUCGUCUACGUUCUGAUCCACACCGUGUUCUCGCUUUAUAUCCGCUCCCGUCAGGUCUACCACUUUUGCAAGGACCGUACCCGCUCCAUCUUGUCCUACCACCACCGUACCCCCGAGAUAAUAGAGGGAGACAUCAAGAAGCUCGGGAGGACCCCCAAGCACCUGAGUGUCAUACUCCGCUUGGAGGAGGACAGCGGUAGGGCCGGUGCCGAGCUCGAGAGACUUGUCAACGAGGUGGCCGAUAUUGCCGCUUGGUGCGCAUGCGCAGGCAUCCCCAAGCUUUCCGUUUAUGAAAAGACAGGCAUACUCAAGGGCUACCUGCAAAAGACUCACAGGGCAGUCUCUGCCAAGUUGGCAUCCUACUAUGGCGACAGUCACCCAGCACUAAUUGUCAAGGCGCCACACACGCCCUCUAUCGAGUCUGACCCGUCCGCCGAAAGUGGCUCCGGUGACAAGCACAUCAUCGUGCUUCUGCUCUCUGCCGAGGAUGGACGCGACUCACUUGUCGAUCUUACCAAGACGCUGACCGAGAUGGCGCAAGCUGAGAAGCUAUCACCAACCGACAUCAACAUGGACGUCAUCGACACAGAGCUGACCGAGAGCGUUAUGGACGAGCCCGACCUGCUCAUUCACUUUGGUCCGCACGUCGUUUUGGAUGGCUACCCGCCGUGGCAGAUCCGCCUGACGGAGAUCUACCAUGCCCAAGAUAACAACAGCGUCGGAUACCAGGUGUUCCUCCGCGGCCUCCAGAACUAUUCUCGCGCCCAGUUUAGAAACGGCAAAUAGGCCUUGGACUGCCUGGGGAUGUACCCUGUGCCUGGUCAAGGCAGAGAAAUCUCUCCUCUUAACUGCUUAUUCACAUUAUAAUAGCUGUUCUUCAUAUCACAUGUAGGCGAUUGACUCGUCGAUUCAUGGCAAAUUUGCAAAUCAAAAGAUUGGCUCGGUACGUGACUCCAACUGUUGCAUCAGUGUGAUUUUACCCAAUAUUACUACGUGCUGGGUGACUUCAGGCCAGUAUUGGAUGGGCUGCAAUUUUGAGAAUUGAAAUACUGCCGCCCACCCAACAAAAUCCUGGGGUCGUUGUUCCACGGUAGCAUAAUGAGGCGAACACUGCCGUGGAGAGAUGGGUUGGAAAGAGUCGUCGCUUCGAGCCGCUCCAAUGCGCUAAUACAUCGUCGCAAUAUGCGUGCUGACUCGUCUACGCCUGGGGGACAUGGACCCACCGCACAAGAUUGCAACAUCUGGACUUUCAACCCGUACAAAAAUAGAUAUCGAAAAUGAUCAUUCGCUGCGUGCAUACAGCCUAUCCUCGUUUAACACCACCGCGUAGCCUUGACACGAGUUUUCUUUGUCUGUUCCAGGAUGACCCAGAAAAUCAACAGUCAUAGGUCCACACACCCCACGAUAUAAAUCCAACAACAACUUCGCGUCCCAACAGCGAGCAACCAAAUCGGAUAUGGUGUAGUGGCUAACAUACGACGCUCUCAUCUUCGAGUCACCGUCGUGCCCGGGGUUCGAUUCCCCGUAUCCGAGGCCGCUUCGGCAUCCUUGUGCGCCCGGCUAGCUCAAUCGGUAGAGCGUGAGACUCUUAAGAAUCUCCGGUUCCGAAACAUCUCAAGGCUGUGGGUUCGACCCCCACGUCGGGCUCAAUUCCUGACAAGCGCAUUUCUUUUUUAUCUUUUUUGUCA